GUUUUGAAUUUUCCCAAGGAAGUAAAUGCUCCGAGGACUUACCUCUUGGUGUGGAAAUAAGAGCAUUUUCUUCAGUAAUAACAGUUUGAGGCAUCUUUUUCAAUCAAGAAUUAUCAUGGGUACGGGUGGAGAAGUUGUAGAGCGGCUUGAAAAACGUGCAGUGGAAACUGAAGAGACAAUCUCCUUUUUGAAGUCGCAGUUGCUCUUUUUACAGAAAGCGGCAGAGAAGAAGACUAAUUCAUGGGGAAGUAAGGAUAUUACUGCUCUCAAACAAGAGAACGAACACCUUAGGCAGGAAGUACACAAACUUAAGGCAGAGCUGGAAUAUUGGGAAGUGAGGAAUGGAUUGAAACAAGUUACUCUCCCAGUUUUAAAGCAAGGCACAUCUUUCAUUGAACAAGAAAAAGUUGCUGCGCCAGUUGCUGAACAGGCAGAAGUGAAACCUGAAAAAGCAAAAGAGGAAAAGCCAAUGGAAAAGAAACCCAAGAAACAGAAAGCAGAGAAAAAAGUAAAGGAGAAGCCAAAAACAGCAGAAGAAGCAGCCAGCACUGUGGAACCUGAUGUGUCUCGUAUUGACUUCCGUGUGGGUAAAAUACUGUCAGCUAAGCGUCACCCUGACGCCGAUACACUGUUUGUGGAAGAAAUUGAUGUUGGAGAAGAAAGUCCUCGAACAGUUUGCAGUGGCCUUGUAGGAUCAGUGCCUUUAGAGGAACUUCAGGAUCGAGUUGUGCUCGUGAUGUGCAACCUGAAGCCAGUCAAGAUGCGCGGUAUCACAUCGCAAGCCAUGGUGAUGUGUGCGAGUAACGAGAAAAGAACGCUGUUUGAACUACUAAACGCGCCCGAGGGUAGCGUGCCAGGCGACAGAGUUACAUUUGAUGGCUUUCCGGGGGAGCCUGACAAGCAGUUGAACCCAAAGAAAAAGGUUUGGGAGCAAGUUCAGCCUCAUCUACGCACAAACGAUGCUGGGAUCGCAUGCUACAAGGAUACUCCUUUCACUGUAGCUGGAAAAGGUGUUUGUACAUCAAGCAAACUUUUUAAGGCACCCAUAAGUUGAAUCCUAAAGUGAGAAAACGAUGUAAAACGCGGAAAUGAAAUCUUCGUUUUGUUUCAAAUGGAAUAAAAAAAGCUCCUGAUUCUUCAAACAUCA